AUGUUCCGCGUGUCGCCGAAACCGCCAGCCGACCAAUGCCAAUCUCAAGCAACAGUUACAUCGUCAUCGCAGCUAUUCGUCAAGGGUUCGCCGAAGUCGUUAGGCCGAACCGCUGUCGCAAGCUGCGUAUCCCUUCCCCGUCUCUUCGCUCUUCUCGUCCUUCUAGGGUGCGCCGGAUUGUGGCCGGCUUUUCUCCGCACCGCCGCGAAUCACGCCGACGAUAGUGGCGCUAACAGCGGGGAUACCGGCUCAGAGUCGUCGGAUAGUCUAGGCACGCCAAGCGGCUUCUUCAGCGUGUUUGGCGGACCGUCCGCGAUUCGCGGCGGGUUCUCCGCACGGCAGCUGAUGGAGAUGACGUCAGAAGGCGUUUUAAGGGGCGGAGGGCGCCGCAAGGGGGGGAACAUGCUGACGUUGCGCGAUGACGAGACUACAGGGGAAGGGCAAACGGAGAACAGGGAAGGGGGAAGGCAAGAGGGGGAGGGGGGAAGAGAGGAGGGAACGGAAGAAUCAGCGAGGGGGAAGGGGGAAGCGGAAGGGGAGCAUGCGGAAGAGGCGGAGGAGCGCGCGAACCGCGCUAGCCCGUCUAUGACGCCAGGCACAGCGCUCCACACGGUAGUCCGCGCGCGGGGGCGCGGGGCGGGCGAGGGUGUUGCGGCGCCUGGAGCGCUGCGCGCUGCCUCGGGGGGCGAGGGGGAGGCGCGCGGAGCGGAGGGCGCGGGGGAGAUGCGCGGAACGGAAGGCGCGGGAAGAGGGGUGGGGUUGGGGGAUGUGCUGGGAGAGGGAGGAGAAAGAGGAGGAGAGAGAGGCACAGAGAGCAAGGGGGGAAGCGUGGAGGGAAGAAACGAGGGGGGUGAGGGUAGAGAAAUGCGAAUAGGGGACAGAGAAAGGGGGGAACGGGGGGAAGGGGAAGGAAGCGGGGAGGGAGGGGAGAAAAGAGAGGGAGGGGUGGGAGGAAAGGAGGGGGGAAGAGAGGGAAGGGAGGGAGGGGAGUGGGGAUGGCGAUGGGUGGACGAAAAGGACGCAUCCUGGCCGCUCUACUCCGCUGCAUCCUGUCCGUUCAUCUUCCCUGGGCAGAACUGCCGAUCCAACGGCCGCAACAACACGAGGUUCGAGCGAUACGCGUGGCGACAGGGGGUGGAGCGGAGUGGGGAAGGCCGGGAGGGCUGGGGGGGAGUGGAGGAAGGGGAGGAGGCGGAGGGGAAGGAGCGAUCGUGGUGUGAUGCGUUGCAGGGCGUGCGGCAUGGGAGCGGGGUUGGAUCUGCCACACCCGUGACACCCAAUGGGAUGAUGACACGUGUGGCGUAUAUAGGGGACAGCAUGAUGCGCAACAUGUUUGAGAGCAUGGCGUGCAUGCUGCAUGCGCACCCCCGCUGCGGCGGCAAUCCUGAGGUGGUGCGCGCGAAUGUGGUGGAGCGGAUCAUCCGAUGGGACACCUGCAACGUUACCCUUGCUAAUCUCAGGAGCAACUUCCUCACGGAGAUCUCAUUCAAGGACCCCACGGACGAGUUCAAGGGCGCCACGCUUCACCUCUCCCGCCCUGACAAGCGGUGGAAGCAGCGGAUCAAGAACUACGACGUGUUUGUGAUCAACUCAGGCCACUGGUGGACACGUGGCAAGCUUGCAGAGCGCCACGUCAGCUUCUCCCCACCCCACAAAUCCCUUAACGUCCUCUCUGCCUUCCGCCGAGCCAUCCGCACCACUCUGCACCGCUUUGCAUCGCGCCAGAUGGCCAACAAAACCUGCGAUGCAGUGGAGCCCGUGGGGAGUGAGGAGGAGGCUUAUAACGAGUACGAGGAACAGUGGGAGCGAGUAGAGCGGUUGAAUGCAGUGGUGAGGGAGGAGGUGCAGGACGUGGGCGAUACAGCAGCAGGGAAGGUCAAGACAGCAGCGGGACGAGCAAGGGAUGUUGCACGAGGCAGGGUUGGGGGAAGGGGAAGGGUUGCGGCACAAGGGACCGCCAGAGGGAGUGAGAGUGAAGAGCGGAAGGCGAGAGGGAGCGAGGGUGGAGAGGAGAAGACGAGAGGAAGCUAG